AUGGAUGCAUUGAUCAACGCCUACAACUCAUACUCCACAUCGGCGCAAUUCGGUCUUCCGGCAUCAUUAACGGCCGAUAGACAGCAACAAGCUAACAAAUGGACCUUGAUGUACUCGGAAAGGCUUAAGGAUAAACAGUAUGAGGACGCCUCAAACAUUGCCUACUCGUAUGACGAUAUGGUUGUUAGUUGCACCUACAACGCCAAGACUUGCAAUAUAAGCGACUUCAACGACUUUUACAAUCCAUCCUAUGGUAACUGUAUACAGUUCAACACCGCCGGCAUUCAUUCUUCGUCUCGUGCCGGUCCGUUGUAUGGUCUUCGUAUGGUCAUGCGGACCGAUCAAGCCACGUAUUUGCCAUGGACCGAAACGUCGGGAGUUAUCAUUGAUAUUCAUAUGCAGGAUGAGAUACCGUAUCCAGACGUCUUCGGCUACUUUGCGCCUCCUGGCACUGCGUCAUCCCUCGGAGUCUCCUAUGUCCAAACGACUCGUCUUGCAAAACCCUACGGUACAUGUACAACCAAAACCAAACUGGAAACCACUCAUUACACGGGAACGUACACGGUCGAAGCGUGCUUCAGAAGUUGCAUGCAGGAAAAGAUCAUUGCCACGUGUGGAUGUUACUAUCCGGCGUACUCACAUGCACCGAAUACUACGCAAUUCGUUUCGUGUGAUAAUGGAGUGCAGACAUUGACUAAUUUAAACUGUGUCGACCAAAUCAAUAGUGCCGAUUCGACGGAAUUCGAUGUGUUGACCGAUUGUGAUUGUCCUCAGCCAUGCGAAGUCGAUUCCUACGGUGUCACUGUGUCCACCGCUCAAUGGCCAUCAGAUUCUUAUACGCCAACCGAAUGCAAUCCGGGCGGCCCAUCUGGUCCAUGGGACGCUUCUGGCGAAUCCUGUUUGGAUUGGUACAAGGCGAACACAAUUCUGAUUGAAAUCUAUUACGAAAGAAUGAAUUUUCAAGUGCUCACUGAGUCGCCAGCGUAUACGUUCGUCAACUUCAUCUCGGACGUUGGUGGUCAAGUCGGACUGUUCCUUGGAAUGAGUAUUAUUUCUGUUAUCGAAUACGUUGUACUCAUUUUACUUGUAUUCUUCUACUGCUGUACGCAUAAAUCCAGAAAAGCGGAAAUCGAACAACUCGAGAUGGAUAUUAAGAAGGCUAGGGACGAUGUCGACCAAGUAGCCGAAAAACGCAAAAAGCACCAGAAAGCAAAUGCAGAAUUGUAUGAAAUGGAUGUUGGACACGAUGUGGUCCCACCGAAGCCUGUGUCCCAUGAUUGA